AUGGUGCAUGAUUCCAUUUCACAUCCAACACCAUGGUUGUUGUUGGUUGGGAUGAUGCUUCUCAUCUCCGCAGUCACCUAUUCCACAGCAGCAACAACUCCUUCCAUUCUGUCCAACAAUAACAAACACAUUCAUCACAUUCCUUUAAAAAAGGAAUCCAAACAGCCGGGUUGGACCGAUCAACGAAAUUUCCUUCGUUCCUUUUACUUUUCGACUGGAGGUCCUUAUUGGAGAAAUAACACGGGUUGGAACACAUUGGAUACCAAAGAUGAAACAAAUUAUUGUUCAUGGAGAGGAGUGAGAUGUGUCAAGGAUGAAUCUGUUCUUUCCAUUGCAUUGGUGAAUAAUAAUUUAACAGGAUUAUUACCUUCGGGUGUUUCUGUAUUGAAAGAUUUAAUGAUUUUGGAUUUGGGGUUCAAUAAUUUGUAUGGACAAAUUCCUAAAGAAUAUUCUGAAUUGGAGUAUUUGAAUGGAUUUGCUGUUGGAAGUAAUCAUUUUGAAGGAAUGUUGCCAGAAAGAUUUUGUGGUAUUUUGAGUUGUGAUGCGUAUAAUAAUCCAAAAUUGAAAUGUCCUUCCAAUAAUUGUAGAAAUAAUCAUUGUAACAUGUCGCAGUGUAAUUGUGGAGGAAUGCAAAUGUGCAAUGAUGACAAUGAUUGUGCUGGAAAAUUAUGUGGCAAGUGUAAACAACAAGGAAGCAAUCCAUGGUAUAAAAUAUGUCAGUAA